ACAACACUGAUCUUCCUCAACAAGCUGACCUCCUUUGAAUCUUCGUUUAUCUUAGCUUAUGGCACUUGUCUUUGAAGGCCCAUUGUUCGCAUACGCAAAAUAAUUCAAGUUAUAUUCCAAAAAGCGAAAAAAGAAAAAAUGGCAGCUGGAACUUCAAGCAACGUUCAUCUCCAUGAUAUACCUGAUGUGAUACUCUCCAACAUAUUCUCUUUAGAGACUGAAACUCGCACACGCAACGCCAUGUCUCUCGUGUGUCUCAAAUGGCUCUUGCUCGAGCGCUCCACUCGCAAAUCCCUCACCCUUCGCGGUAAUAUCCGCAAUCUCUUCCUCCUUCCUACUUGCUUUCGUGCUGUUACCCAUCUUGACCUUUCUUUCCUCUCCCCAUGGGGAUACCCUCUUCUCGAUUCGUUUUCAAACCCACUUGUACUUGCUCAGUUCCUUCGACAUGCAUUUCCUUCAGUUGUUUCUCUCAUCGUUUAUGUCCGAAACCCUCUAACUCUCCAUCUUUUAGCUUCCCAAUGGCCUAACUUGCAACAUGUUAAGCUUGUACGUUGGCAUCAACGUUGGCCUGCUGCACCUAUUGGUUCUGAUUUAGUUCCACUUUUCGACCAUUGCCCGAUGCUUUCAUCACUUGAUGUUUCACAUUUUUAUUGUUGGACUGAAGAUCUUCCACCGGUAAUCCAAGCAUACCCUUCUAUUGCAACUUCUCUUUCCCAUCUCAAUAUCUUAAAACAUGAUUCAAGUACUGAUGGAUUCAAGUCCCAUGAGCUUUUGUCUAUUACUGCUAGUUGUCCUAACCUACGUAAAUUGUUGGCAACAUGUAUAUUUAACCCUCGAUUCAUUGGUUUCAUAAGCGACCAAACCUUGCUGACUCUUGCUAUAAAUUGUCCUCUCCUUUCUCUUCUUCACCUUGCUGAUUCAACUUCAAUGUCCAACGUUAGACCCAACCUUAUUGAAGAUGCAAGUAUCAGCUUCGCUACACUUGGGGACGUAUUUUCUAAAUUGCCUCAACUUGAAGAGCUGGUUCUCGAUGUUUGUCACAACGUUAAACACACAUGGCCAGCAUUGGAGUUGCUUAAUACCAAAUGCCCCAUGCUUAAAUCUUUAAAGCUGGGACAGUUCCAAGGAAUCUGUAGAGGUAUUGCCUCUCCACCAGAUGGGGUCGCUUUAUGCCAAGGCUUGGAAUCUUUGUCCAUCAAGAACUGUACUGACUUAACUGAUAAAGCUCUGAUAGCCAUCUCUCAUGGCUGCCAUAGACUUUCUAAGUUCGAGGUUCUAGGAUGCAAGCAACUCACCAGAAAAGGGAUGUGGGAAUUCACUCAUAAUCUUCGCAAAACGUUGGUUGAUGUGAAAAUCUCUUACUAUAAAAACCUCAACGCAGUUUCAUCAUUGCAAGCAUUGGAACCAAUCCGAGACCGCAUAGUAAAACUCCAUAUAGAUUGCGUGUGGGCAAGCAUCAUCGGAGAAGAAAAAAGCUUGAAAAAUUGGAGUAAGCUACAAUAUCUUUCCCUAUGGAUUGCUGUAGGUGAGUCUUUGAAUCCACUAUCAUUAUCAGGUCUAAACGAUUGCCCAUCACUAGAAGAGAUACAAAUCAAAGUCCAAGGCGAUUGCAGGGAUCAACCAAAGCCAUUCAUGGAUGCAUUUGGGUUAAGUUGCUUAACCUGUUAUCCAAAUCUUACAAGGAUGAUCUUAGACUGCAGUGGGGUAACAGGUUAUGCUCUUACAGCACCUGUAGGACACACAGAUUUAAGCUCGUGGGAGAGAUUUUUCCUCAGUGGAAUACAAGAUUCGACACUCAAUGAACUCAACUAUUGGACUGCACAAGACGUCGACGUGAAUCAACGGUGCCUUUUUCUCCCGGCAGCGGGAUUGUUGGCACAGUGUGGGCGUUUAAGGAAACUUUUCAUACAUGGAACAGCCAAUGAACACUUGAUGAUGUUCCUGUUGGGAAAUCCGACACUGAGGGAUGUUCAACUUAGAGAAGAUUAUUACCCUGCACCAGACAAUGAUACAAUCACAGAGAUGAGGGUAGGAUCUUGUUGUCGAUUUGAGGAUGCUCUUAAUAGUAGUAGCCGCCAUGUUCCUGAUUAAGAAUUUGUUGGAAUUUUUAUCAAAGGCAGAUUCACAACACUUUUAAAAUUAGGUUAAACUACAAUUGUAGCUACCCAACUAGUAAUAAAUUUCUUUUUUAGUCUCCCAA